GGUAGCGAAUCCUUUCACAUGACUGACUCUCGAUCCCCUUUGUGACGGCGGCAGCAGCAGCAACGACGACGACACAAGUCUCCCCACCCUCAGUGAUUGUUAAGCCACAGAUCCUAAUUCUCGAUUCUUCCUAAAUCCUGAGGUUUUUGCUGCCAUGGGGAAGAAAGCAAAGAAGAAAGCUCGAACUCCAACUAAGGAGAAUCUCACCAAGAAGGUCUCUGAACAUCCUAGUGAAAUAGCUGAGGAGGCAGUUAAGGAGAAGCAAGCUUGUGUGCAUUUCGACAAGGGUCUUAAUUUAGAUAAAGUGUUAGAGAAGAUUAAGUCUUCCCGGGUGAUCAAGUGUCAUGAAUGCAAGGAAGGGGCGAAAGGAAAAGGUAGUAAUAAGGGGAAACAUUCUCCUUCUUCUUCUUCUGAUAGAAAAGCUAUUUGGGUUUGUUUGGAAUGUGGCUGUUAUGUCUGCGGAGGCGUUGGUUUGCCAACUUUACCGCAGAGUCAUGUCCUCAAGCAUAUCAGAAUGACACGUCACCGUUUGGUGAUUCAAUGGGAGAAUCCUCAGUUGAGAUGGUGUUUCCCCUGCAACUCGCUUCUCCCUAACGGUGAGAAGAAAGAUGUGUUGUUGGAGGUUGUGAAACUGAUGAAAGAACGGUCUUUAAACAGUUUAGCUCCUUCUUCAUCUGAUGAUGCCCAAGGAAGUGGGAGUUUCACUACCGACAUCAAAUUAGAAAGUGAUGGUUAUGUUGUGAGAGGUUUAGUUAACCUUGGGAACACAUGUUUCUUUAACUCUAUAAUGCAGAAUCUUCUCUCUUUAGAUCAGUUACGAUCCCACUUCUUGAAGGAUGAUGUGUCUGGUGUUGGUCUACCUCUUGCUUCUUCUUUAAGGAAACUAUUCGCUGAGAUGAAGCCAGAGGCGGGUUUAAAGAGUGUUGUAAACCCUAGAGCCUUUUUUGCGACGUUCUGCGCUAAGGCGCCGCAGUUUAGAGGUUAUGACCAGCAUGACAGCCACGAGCUGCUGCGCUGUUUGCUGGAUUCGUUGAGCACGGAAGAAUCUGCCUGGAGGAAGAGGCGUGGUGGUGUUUGUGAUGAUGAUGAGAAGGCUACUACUACUGCUACUCUCGUGGAGUCUGUGUUUGGAGGCGAGACUUCGAGCAUUGUUUCUUGUAUUGAGUGUGGGCAUUCCUCGAAAAUCUAUGAGCCGUUUUUGGAUCUUUCUUUACCUGUACCGUUUAAGAAAACUCCUCCUAAGAAGCAGCAAGCCCUUUCUCGAGCAAAGAAAGGUAAGUUUCCACCAAAGAGAACCGCUAAGAAUGUGUCAAAGGUGAGUAAAGUUUCAAAAGUCCUCCCAGCUAAGGUUGCUACAGCUGAUUCGGACAAUGGUGCGGUUUCAGAGACUCCUUCGGUUAUAACUCUUGACAAUAAGGAGGCAUCAGAGAAUGUAGCACAAAGUGAUACUGUUUUUGAUAGCUUCUGGUUGGACGUUAUUGCACCAGAACCCGCUGGAGAUGAGACAAAUCUUGAUAUGGAAGAUAGCGUUAGUGAUAAAACCCCAACACCUGAGGCUAGUCAAACUGUUCCAUGUCCAAAUAUUCCUGCCAAUACUUCAGUUUCAUUGGGUGAUCAGGCUUCAGAAGGUAACGCAGAGAGACUGAUACAAGAUAGUGACGAGUUUGCAAAGGCAGAUGAAAAAGAUGUACAAGCGACGCAGUCUGAUGAAUGCACAGCUACAAGCGCUAUUUCUGCUGAGAUCAGUCAAGAUAGUUGCAUUGGUUUGGAUCCUGGUUUAGGGGAAAGUUCGUCCUCGGUGAAUCCUUGGGAUGAGGAAGAGGUUCCGUUGAUGGUUGCAGAUUCACAAGUCCUCUACAUGCCAUACAAAGAAAACGUAUCUUCCUAUGAUGAGGGUGAGGCUUCAUCUUCAUUUGUUAGUGGUGAUAAUCAAGAACCAGAAAACAAUGAUUUUGUUGGUUUAGGCGGUUUAUUUGAUGAGCCUGAGGUUACCGAAGGGCCUGUUGUUUUUGGACCUCCUUGUAAGCCUGAAGCUUCUUCGGGAGUUGUUGGUUUUAUGGCGUUCAGCAGCGAGUCUGAUCCUGAAGAAAUAGAUGAUUCGGAUUCACCGGUGUCUGUAGAGAGGUGUUUAGCUCAUUUCACUAAGCCUGAGAUUUUGUCUGACGACAAUGCUUGGAAUUGCGAGAACUGUUCAAAGAACCUGAAACUCCAACGGUUGAGAGAAAAGAGAAAAUCAAGCAACACCAGCAGCAACGGAUGGGUGAGUGAAAAUGAAGAUGGAGUUUUGGGAGAAACCGAUGUGAAGCAAGAUCCAAGUGAUAGUGGAAGAGAAGCUAUGAGUUCUAAUGACAGUGAAUCCGAAGGCGAAGAAGAUUCAAAGAAAGUGAUAACAGUGAAAAGAGAUGCAACUAAAAGAGUACUUUUAAACAAAGUUCCACCUGUCUUAACCAUUCAUCUAAAGCGAUUCAGCCAAGACCUGCGUGGUAGGCUAAGUAAGUUAAAUGGACAUGUUGCUUUCAAAGAAGUCAUCGAUCUUCGACACUAUAUGGACCCAAGGUGUAGUGGAGAAGACCCGCCGGUUUAUAGAUUAGCUGGAUUGGUGGAGCAUUCAGGGACAAUGAGAGGAGGUCACUAUGUGGCGUAUGUUAGAGGAGGAGGAGGUAAGAAAGUUAAAGAGAGUGACUCCUCUUCCUCAAGUGUGUGGUAUAACGUAAGCGAUGCACAUGUCCGUCAGGUUUCUUUGGACAAGGUUCUGCAUUCAGAAGCGUACAUCUUGUUCUACGAACGGAUCGUCUGAGAUUACAUUUUUGCAAAACAGAGUUUUGAUCUUUCAUUCACUACAGGUUGCGUUUUUGAGGAUCACAUUAGAUCAAUACCAUUAAUUUUGUUUUAUUAUUGUUAUGUUUCAGAGUAACAUUAUAUGUAUUAUCAGAAACAUGUCUGGAUAUACUCGAGGCUCUCAACUAUGUUACAUUUCAAUAGAAUGUAAUCAAUGGUGAAUCUGGCAUUAA